AUGGAUAAUGAUAAAUCGACAACGACGCCAAUAUCAAGAGGACUGCCACAGAUUCCGCAAACAACAGCGAAUAUUGAUCCGCGACUCCAGCAAAACGUUGGUUAUCCCCACUCAAUCGCAAACGUCCGAUUCCUUGUUUAAAGUUUCAGAAUUAUAUGACUUUGCAACAAGCACGCUACUCGGUACUCCAAAGGCAGCAGCAGCAGUCUUCUGCGAACACGUCCAGUUUUCCACCGAGAACUACAACGGCCGCGCCAUCGAUGAACGCUGCUCCGCGACUUCCAGUUAGCAGUACCGCUCCUCCAAUGCAGGCGCUUGCGGGAAUUCCUAAUCUUUCGAUGACAUUAUCGAAUCAACCGAAUAUCCCUUCCAAUUAUAUGUGGCCAUUGCGUCCCGUUUCGUCGCAAAUGCCGUAUAAUGUGGAUUUGGUAAAAAUUGGUAUCACAUUCAUUGAAAUUCACAUAUUAUUUUACAGUUCAAAAUGUGCGUGGACGCUCUGACGAGACAGCAGGAAUUGAAUUGCGCUGAAAGGGCGCGAUAUGAAAUGAGAGCUGCUGAGAAUAUGGAAAGGUUGUUCAGCGACGCCACUGACAAGUACACAAAGAUGAUUAUGGAAAAAGAGGUGAAAAUGGAAAAUAUGAAUUUGGAAUACAAUACCGAACUGUUGAAAAGAGAGAUGGAUCGCCGAGAAGAUAUAAUAAAGAAGAUGUCGGAUCACAAAUUUGAGCUUCUGCAAAAAGAAGAAGAGAAAUGCGUUGAAAUCAAAAAAAUGAAUGAAGAUAAUAAGAACUUCAUGAAGAUGAUGCUCGAGCAGAGCAACGAGCGAUUCGAGAAGAUCUUGGAUCGGCUCCCAUUAAUCAGCUCUAAAGUCCAAUCGUCGGCUGCGACCGCUCGACCUCCGAUUAAUUCUCCACCUCGAGCUCACGAUUAUUCUGACGACGACGACGAAGACGACGAUGGCUAUCCGCCAUCUUCUGGUCCUUCAUCGUCUUUGUCUCGCAAGAGAUCUCAUUCGCCCUUGUGAGUAGCCUAAAAAUAAAUAAAAUCCUGAAAAUUCUUUGUAGGGGCAAAGAGAUCAAGAAGGACGGUAUUGUGGUCGGCCACGUUGUCACCGUUCAUAGCACGGUUAGUUGGUUCCAUUCAGAAGCGAAGUAAUCGAGUGUUGUUUCAGAACACGAGAUUGGCCAAUAAGUACCGAUGUGUCGAGUGCAAGACUGACCUCAGCAACCAGGAGUUGCUCCAAAAUCAUUUCUCUCGGAAACAUUCACACAUUGUGAGUUGCGCGGUGUUAAGUCGACCAACUGGUAAUCAUUCAGGAGGCCAUGGCCAAAAAGAGAAAAUCGAAACGUGCAUAG